UUUUAUCCACCUGUUCACCCACCUCGCAGCGACUAGACGCGCAUUCAUUUCACACGCCUACACAGAUCGGAGGAACCGAGGACCCAACUCCCAAGUCGCGCGAGAAAGUUCUAGAGACAGAGGUUGAGAUGGCGCUGCAGUGGAUGAUCCUCGCGUGCGUGGUGGCGGCGGAGGCGGCGGUGGCCGCGCUGCUCACGCUCCCGGCGCCGCGGGCCGUGCGGGGACAGAUCGUGGGGCUCACGUCGAUGUUUCUGCAGCCCUUCGCGGGCGUGCUACCUUUCGCCGGCUUCCAGCUGCUCGAUAUAUACUGGAAGAAGGAACACAGGCUGAUGUGCACAACAGAGGUUUGCACCGCUGAGGAGCGUGUCCACUUCGAGAAAGCCAUUUUCAAAGCCCAGAGGAAUGUCAUUCUUUGCGUUUCAGUAUUCCUCCUCUAUUGGUCCAUUUAUCGUAUUUGCAAGAUCAACAAGGAUAUUAAGGCACUGGAGGAGAUUGAAAAGCGUAUCAAGGAAGAGUAAAUUCAUCUUAGUUUCAUGUGGACGUUGUGGUAUUCCUGGCCUGCUGCAGAUGUAUCCAGACAGUUACUUAGGACUUGCAAUGUAUAUUACUGUUCUCCUCGGAGCAAAGAAAAUAUCAACUUGUUUGUACAUCUUCUUUUUUUAAGAGCCUGUUGUUGAUCUGCUGACGAUGGUCACUACGAAGACAUCGAUAUGGACAUGUUGGUCAUCCUUGAAUCGUUUGAACAUUUGCUAGGAUGUUGUCUGGACUGGCCUUUCCGUGGUCUUGCUGAAAUAGUCUGGUAUUUGUUA